UUCUUUGUUGCAGAAUCGGGAUUGACUGUUGUUAUAAUGGCAACAAAAGGCUUUGAAGACGUCAGCGGGAGCUCGGAUGGAGAUUUUGUGAGCAGUCCUACAAAGGGGGAGGAGUUAAGCAAACAGUUUGGAAGUCAUCGGGAGGCUAAGACGAACAAAAGGGACAGACCCUACAGGUGUGAGGAGUGCGGUAAGCAGUUCAAUCGGCCUAGUGGUCUGAAGAGGCACACCCUCACUCACACCGGGGAGAAACCGUACAGAUGUGAGAAGUGUGGCAGACAUUUCGGUCGGCUGGGUAAUCUCAAGACACACAUGCGCACUCACACCGAAGAGAGACUCUACAGGUGUGAGGAGUGCAGCAGGCAGUUUCGUGAUCUGGGUAAUCUGGAGAGACACAUGAGAAUACACACCGGGGAAAAGCCGUACAAGUGUGAGGAAUGUGGCAGGGAGUUUAGGGAACUGGGUAAUCUGAAGAGACAUAUGAAACUUCACGCAGGGGAGAAACCCUACAGAUGUGAGGAGUGCGGCAGGCUGUUUCGUGAGCUGUGUAAUCUGAAGAGACAUGUGCGAACACACACCGGGGAAAAACCCUACAGAUGCGAAGAGUGCAGCAAACAGUUUAGUCAGCUGGGUGAGUUGAAGAAGCACAUUCGCACUCACACCGGGGAGAAACCCUACAGGUGUGAGGAGUGUGGCAGGCAGUUCAGAGUGCUGGGUAGUCUGAAGAGUCACAUGCGCACUCACACAGGAGAGAAACCAUAUAGGUGUGAGGAGUGCAGCAGGCAGUUCAGUGUGCUGAGUAAUCUCAAAAGACAUAUGCAAACACACAGAGGUGGGAAACCCUACAGGUGUGAGGAGUGCAGCAGGCAGUUCAGUCAGCUAAGUGAUUUCAAGAUUCACUUGCGAACUCACACCGAAGAGAAAUCCUACACGUGUGAGGAGUGCAGUAGGCAGUUUAGUCAGCUGAGUCAUCUGAAGAGACAUGUGCGAAUGCACACAGGGGAGAAACCCUACAAAUGUGAAGAGUGCAGUAGGCAGUUUAUUCAGCUGUGUGAGUUGAAGAGUCACAUGCGCACUCACACCGGGGAGAAACCCUACAGGUGUGAGGAGUGCGGCAAGCAGUUCAGUUAUCUGGGUAAUCUGAAAAGACACAUGCGCACUCACACUAGGGAGAAGCCAUAUAAGUGUGAGGAAUGCAGCAAGCAGUUUAGUGGGCUGGGUAGUCUGAAAAAGCAUAAAAGAACACACACAGGGGAGAAACCCUACAGGUGUGAGGAGUGUAGCAAGCAGUUCAGACAGUUGGCUGACCUGAAAAGACACGCCUACACUCACACAAGGCAGAAACCCUACAGCUGCGAGGAGUGCAGCAGGCAGUUUAUUGAGCCCGGUACUCUGAAGAAACAUAUGCUUACUCACACUGGAGAGAAUCCCUACAAGUGUGAGGAGUGCAGUAAGCAGUUCAGUGAGCUGGGUAAUCUGAAGACACAUAUGAAGAUACACACCGGAGAGAAGCCCUACAGGUGUGAGGAGUGCGGCAGGGAGUUCAGUGUGCUGGGUAAUCUGAAGCGACAUGUGCGGACUCACACAGGGGAGAAACCCUACAGGUGUGAGGAGUGCAGCAGGCAGUUUAGUGAGCUGGGUAAUCUGAAGAGACACAUGAAGACUCAUAGGUGAUCAUGAAAUUUUGUUUCGUUCGGUUCUUGGCAGACUGACACAAGGACUUCCACUGAA